GAUUCAAUAAUUUACACUAAUGGCUGCAUGAUUCAGUGAACUCGAGUUCCUACUUGCCUGGGUUCAGCUGGAAGGGACUGUCAAUCAGUGAAACUCUGGUACUCCAGUACAGCGAGAUGGUGAUUCCGUCUGCUGCUUACUUCGGGCGACUGUACGUAACAGGUUUUGGAGUAGCCGCCAUACUUCUUCUUGUCUAUUUCAUGGGGAGACCACUGUAUUGGGAGGCAUUGGCUAACGUGUCCGAGUGGACAUCACAAACCCCUCUCCGCAAAGGACUGACCACUUUCGUUGACCCUUCACAAGGCUUGCCGAUCGAUGGGUUGGCAGCAGACGUUAGUCCCGCUGAAGUUAAGAAAGAGGGUGCAGAUCAGACAGCAGGAGAUCCUCUCACUGGUAACAGCCAGCGUCUUGGGCCUAACCCGCUACCUACCCUCCAAACAGGCCAGGAGGCGAACCCACUUGGAGGUGUAGGAUCUGCGGACGAAGGGAGCAAGGAGGGUUUGGUGAGUGUCAAUGCGAUAACUCAAGAUGGGGUUGAUGACAGUGCUAGGAACACCAUGACUUCUCAAGGAGGAGAGGGUCAAUCGGAUGUUAAGACGUCAGAAGCAGAGGAAGAAUUGGUCACUAACAUUUCAGGAACGGGAGAAAGUCUGAUUGACAAAGAAGUGGCGCCAGCAGAUCUUGAACAGAGUACGCCGCAAAAGCAAGAACGCGAGGCUGAAUCCAGUGGAGAACUCGGAAGCAAUGCAACAACUGUAGCGCCAUCGGAUGUUCCUGAACUCCCAUUUCGACCCAUUUGGGAUGCGCCGGAUCCGUCUCAACCCCUUCCGGACACAAAGAAAUUCGGACUGACCAAGGCUCUUGUAGAGUCGCGGGCCAGGGACAACGUGAUUGUUGUCUCGUUCGCCAACAAUGCCUUCUUUGACUUCGCGGUCAGUUGGGUCCGUCAUCUAACGGACCUCGGUCUGGACAAUGUCCUAGUUGGUGCUCUGGACGACAUAAUCCUUUCGAAACUGUAUUACCUUGGUGUGCCGGUGUUCGGGGUUGAGAGUCGGUUGCCGCCACAUGAUCCUGGCUGGGGCAGCCCUGGCUUUCACAAAAUUGUGCAGAAAAAAUUGGGCCUCCUCCGAACCCUGCUGGACAUGGGCUUUGAGGUCCUCAUGUCAGAUACCGAUGUGAUGUGGGUGCGCGAUCCAAUCCCUUUCUUCAGGCACCAUGAAGCGGCCGACGUUCUCACUUCCAGUGACCAGGUGAGCAAUGUUGCACGCGACGAGUCGCUCGAAGAUUGGAGGAUUGCGCAUGCAGCUUACAACAUAGGCAUACUCUUCUACAGGCCAACGAAUGCGUCUAGGAAACAGCUCAGAGCCUGGGAGGCAGAGAUCAUGGGGGGGGAGGAGGUAUGGGACCAGAAUGCCUUCAACGACGUGAUGAGGAGAACGCUCGGGCCGGAAGUGGAAGGUGGAGGUGGCUUAUUCUAUGCCUUCGAUGGCGAGCUGAAGAUGGGCAUUCUCCCGGUGUCUGUCUUUUGCAGCGGGCACACCUACUUUGUCCAGCAGCUCCCAGAGAAGUUUGGGCUCAAGCCUUACGCUAUCCAUGCGACAUUUCAGUAUGGUGGCACUGCAGGCAAAAGGCACAGAUUUCGUGAAGCGAUGGCCUGGGCUUACGAUGACGAUCCCGACUAUUUCAACCCAAAGGACGGCCUGAUGUCCUUCAAACCUAACAUCCCGGAAGAACUUCUGAUUUUUGGGGAGCACAAUGUCGAGACUCAUUUUGCUCUGGUCAAUUACCAGCUCAAACUGAUCAGGCAGGCCCUUGCGAUCGCCUCUAUUCUCAACCGAACUCUAAUUUUCCCCGAGCUCUGGUGCCGGCUCGAUCGGUUAUGGUAUCCGCACCCAGGCGUGCUGCCAGGAACUCUGACUUCACAACCCUUCCGCUGUCCGUUGGAUCACGUGUUUGAGAUCAAUCACAUGCUAGAGGCCUUUCCCGUCAACGAGUUCGGGCCUCAGAUUCACUUUCGGGAGUACUCGUUCCUGAGCAAUCCACGAGUUCCUCAGGAGGCGGGAAACAUGCCAAUGCUCGGGGAGAUCCAUCCGUUGCAGGGGAAAAUAAAGGAGGAUUCGGACUUCUUCAACCGCCUCGUGCAGCUGAUACCAGCGCGCUUCUACUUCGCUCCAGAGGCGACAGACCAGGAGGGAUGGAAAUACAAGAAGAAAAACGAAAGGGAUGCGCUGAGGCUCGCGGCAAAGGAGAAUUCCAAGAAAGCGAAGAAAAUGCGUUUCGACCCAGAACAUUAUCAGUCGACGCUUGAUGUCCAGGCGCAGCUUGCGGAGAAAGAACGAGCGGCGAGCCAGCCAUCGGCCGGUGAAAGUGGAGAGUUAACGAAGGCCGAGGUCGACGGUCAAUUGGCAGGUGCUCCUGCUGAAAAGGGCAACGAGGAAAAGACAGUCGACACCAGUGUGAACAGUUUAUGCGCAGCAGAUCUGAACAAACCGCCAGUAUCGCAUGAAGAAUUGCGUGAGCGAUUGCAUCGACGGCUCGCCGAAUUCCGGGCAAAACGACGUGCGGACGAAUCGGCAAUCACGGCCAGAAAGGCGAAGGAGUGGCAAAGUAAGCGGAAGAGAGAAAGCCAGCAACUUGGCGCGAAAAAGGGCGGCGACAGAGGCGGCGGGGGAUCGCCUCAUCCGUCGAAAAGACAAAAGUCUGAUGGGGGCCAGAGUUCAGAUCAGGUGAAAAUACCCGAACAGCUGGAGUUUGGACGGAUAAAAAUAGCCGAUGGCGUUGUUGACGGCGGAAAACCGAAGAAGAAGAAGGAAACGAAGAAAGACUUGUUGAAUAAGGCCGUUGCACUGAAAGAGAAAGUCGAGAAGGCUGCGGGUCCGACGGAAGCCGAGGGUUCAGAUCAGGUGAAAAUACCCGAACAGCUGGAGUUUGGACGGAUAAAAAUAGCCGAUGGCGUUGUUGACGGCGGAAAACCGAAGAAGAAGAAGGAAACGAAGAAAGACUUGUUGAAUAAGGCCGUUGCACUGAAAGAGAAAGUCGAGAAGGCUGCGGGUCCGACGGAAGCCGAGGGUCUUCGGGCGAAGCAUGAGUGGGCCGCGGCGCUAGAUAGGGCGACGGGUGCGAAGGUGCUUGACGAUCCGAAGCUGUUGAAGAAAUCGCUGAAGCGCGAAGAGAAGCUGAAAGUACGGAGCUCAAAGCAAUGGUCGGAAAGGAAGGCGCAGGAGAGAGAACGAAUGGAAGCGAAGCAGAGGAAGAGGCAAGACAAUAUUAAAGCGCGGGCAGACACGAAGAAAGCGAAAAAGAUUGAGAGAAGAGAGAAGAAGCUGCUUAGGCCAGGGUUCGAGGGCAGGAGAGAAGGGUUCAUCAAUUCCGGGGACUAGCGAUUUUUGCAUCCCGGACGUCCAAUCACGGCAAAGGCGGAAGCAAUGUUGAGGGCAUUACCGGAUGGUCAAAGUUUUGACUUUUUGCAGUAUCGAGUGUUUUUUUUUUUUUUCUUAAUACUUUCCCCAUCAAUUAAACCCACCAGUGCCACCACUACCUUUUGCAACCCCGCUCCUUGUACCAGAAAGCUCACGCUUUUUGAGUGAGGCCCGCCGGAUUGGAGAUCUGCCAGGCAUACAAUCAGAUGGCGUCAGGUUUUUGCUUUCUGUUGGCGGGGGUUGGCCUUUUUUUUUCAGGAGGUAGCGGUGUGUGUUUAACAGAGUCUGUGGUUGGCUUGCUCCUUGGCGAAAAAGAAAAAGAAAAAGAAAAAGAAAAAGAAAAAGAAAAACGUGCACACAUUUACAGUGUAAAGUAAUUGCUAUCACAUG